UUUCUGUGGGGGUACUUGUUACUGUCUGUGUAUAUUCGUUGAAUUCUUCGUUCAUUUUAUAUAUUUCUCUAAAUCGAUAUACCUUGGUCGUUUCCAAAAUCAUGGCUGAUACUGCUCUUGUGAACUAUUUGAAGAUAAUCUUGGGAGAUGAUGUGUCCAAUGAUAUUGUAAGUUAUAUAAGAAGUAUUGAACUAGAAGAAGAUUAUGCAGAAUUCAUGGAAAACAUUCUAGAUAGAAGUAAAAGCUCACACAUAACUGCAUUUGAAGGAAUCAGAAAUAUCAUAUUCAGGAAGCAACAGGGUAGUAAGAAACCAUCUUCCUCAACAGGAGCUAUCCCUAAGAAUACAGGAAAUCAAAAUAGUUCCAGGCAAAACUCUAUCAGCUCUGGUAAAAAAGGAAAGACCAAGUUCAAAGAUAUCAACACUUAUGAAAUAAAGAAAAAAGAAAAAGAAGGAAAGUUAUCUGCUUGUGACUGUUUGGGACAAGAGCAUGAAUUCAUGAAUAAUUGUUUGGUAUGUGGAAGGAUCCACUGCAUGGAAGAAGGUCCUGGGCCUUGUUUAUUCUGUGGAAAUCCUAUAUCUGUGAGAGGUGAUGUACUUUUUGAUGCCAACAAUAGAAAAUCAAAGACUAUCAUGAAACCUAGAGAGAACAAAGUUUUUGAUGAUGAUAAUGACUAUUUCAAAACAAACUCCAAGAAGGCAGUAGAUGAAGAUGGCAAGAAAAAAAUGAUCAUUGCUCUUGAUUUUGCCAGUCGCAAGGUGAUUGAAGGUACACAGGAAGAUGCCAGAAUAAGGGAAAGGCUACUGCAGGAUUCAGUGGAGCAUCUGAAGAAAGUAGAGGAAGCCUACAAAAAUAUUCAGAAAAGGUCUGAGCAGUCUUAUCAAAGAAAUCAGAAUAUCAAUGAAGACUUGGUGCAUUUGCUGAUCCAAAUGCGGCACAAGAAGCCAGCAGGCAAAGAAGAAGAUUUGAGACAAGAAGACGGCUCCAUGCCUGUCAUUGAUUAUGGCACAAGAGUGUUUGAUGAGGAGCUCAUGGCCAAUAUGGAUCAUGGUUUAUGCCUCAGCUUGCAUCAGCCUUAUGCUAGUUUACUAGUAGCUGGAGUGAAAAAACAUGAGGGGAGAACUUGGCCUACGACUCACAGAGGAAAACUCUGGAUAGCUGCUGCAGCAAAACCACCAGAAGAAGAUGAAAUUGAUGCACUAGAGUCCUUUUACCGGGAUUAUUAUCAAGAUAGCUCAUUGAAAUUCCCCAAGGACUAUCCGACCAGCUGCCUUUUGGGUUGCAUUUACGUGGACGAUUGUCUGGAACAAGAAGCUUAUCGAAAAAAGUACCCACAUGGAGAGAGCAACAGUCCCUUUGUGAUGAUUUGCUCGAAUCCGAUAAUAUUGCCUAUAUUCUAUCCGAUUGUCGGACAACAUAAAAUAUAUCCUUUGGAUAAAGAACUCCAUAAAUGUGCCAAAAUGGCCCUCCAACAUGCAAAAUAUGUUAUGUGAUUUACAAUUAUUGUGCAAUAUUCAAAAAUAUAAUAUUAUGGGUUAUUCAAUUUGAAUAAAUAUAUUUUUUAUUGG